CUCCCUCUUGGUUUUCCUCUUACUGACCACGUCUAGUUUUAUUUUACAGCAAACUAAUAAAUCACUUUUUCAAUCAAAGCCCGGGGUCAGAAUCUCAAUCGAACAUUUCCAGUGAGUUUGUGAUUUAACAUAAGAAUUUGUUUCAUUUUCUCAGUUGUAUUCAAGAAACUUUUGGUGGGAUUUCAUCGUGAAAUUCUGAAAAUUAGGGUUUCUUACAGUUGGGGAAAUAUAAUGGGGAUUUCCAAGCUAAUUGCAUUAAAAGCAUCUGUUCUGUUAUCAGUAUUUGUUUUUCUGAAGAAUUUGGGAUUUAAGCUCAUAUCGAUUCCAUUCAUAUAUGCAUCUCUAGUGUCAUUUUUGGUUGCAAUAGCUUCACAUCCAAGUAUAAAUCUUCCUUUACUGUUGGGUAAGAAAAGUGAUGGAAGCUUACCGAUUUGGUCGCGUAUUAUAUUUGGUCCAUUCUUAUAUUUCGUGAGGUUAUUUGGAUUAACUCGAAGACUAGUUAGCAAAGAACCACCUUAUAAUGAAGUUUGUGAAGGUGUAUAUGUUGGAGGAUGGCCUUAUUCAUUGAAGACGUUGCCUCCUGGUGAGCCUGCCAUUAUCGAUUGUACUGCUGAAUUGCCAAGGACUUUAGCUGUAUCGCAUUGUUCUUAUUUUUGUAUUCCAACAUGGGAUACAAGAGCACCUCAACCAUCUGAGAUUGAAUCUGCUGUGAAUUGGGCGUUGAGAAAGAGAAAUCUGAACAAGCCAGUCUUCAUCCACUGCGCUUUUGGUCAUGGAAGAAGUGUUGCAGUAACAUGUGCUCUUUUAGUUGCACUGGGUGUUGCGGAGGACUGGAAAAGUGCUGAAAAUAUUAUCCGAGAGCGGAGACCUUGUAUCAAUAUGAAUUCUCUCCACCGCAAGAGCUUGGAGGAAUGGUCAAUGCACCGACUGUCAUCUAAAACCAGGAAUGAGGAGGGUAGUUUCAAUGUGAGUGAUGUUCUACUACCUAAUUCUUCCCAACAAAAGAGAGUCAGAGGAGCAAAGUAUUAAGUUGAACCGAAAAGCUGUUUGUUACCGCCUUAAGAAAAACGUUACAGGUAAAUGUUAUUCAAAGUACUUCCGCGCUUGGAUUCUUUCGAAAUAUAAAUUGUUAAUGUUAUUUACAUUAUAUACAAAUUUGAUACUUAGUUACAGAUUUAUUGUCUUCAAGUUGAAUCGGAUCUUCUCAAGAAUUCAAAAUUAUUCUGACAUGAAAGAGAAUUCAUAUUGAUACAAGGUAAAUGUUAUUCAAAGUACUUCCGCGCUUGGAUUCUUUCGAAAUAUAAAUUGCUAUAUGUUAUUUACAUUGUAUACAAAUUUGAUACUUAGUUACAGAUUUAUUGUCUUCAAGUUGAAUCGGAUCUUCUCAAGAAUUCAAAAUUA